AUGGAGAAGGCAGAGCCGCGGCCCGUGUUGGACCGCGUGGAACAGCGUCGCCGGUACGGCCUGGACUGCGGGGAUGCCAUCCGCUUUGAGGCCGGGUCGUGGGCGCCAGGCGGCGAGCACGUGCACCAACUCACGGUGCGCAAUGUGUCACAACGCACCAUCAAGUUCAAGUACGAGCUGCCGCGCACCAAGUACUUCAGCAUGAACUUCCCCACCAUCAUGACCCUGAGCCCGGGCAUGCUCACGGCGCUGGAGGUGGCGUUCCGCCCAGUUAAACUCGAGGAGUACGACGACUUCGUGGGCUUCCACGUUCACGUGAUCGAGGGCGGAGUCGCGGCUGUCUCCGGACACUUCCGGGUGCCCGUCAUCGCGCGUAUCGCCGCGCUCAAGGUUGAGAUCCCGCACGGCAUCGACUUUGGCUUCUGUCCGACCAAGGAGACGACGCUGCAGAGCUUUACGCUGCACAACUGCGGGCAGAUCGACGCCUUGUUCGACUGGAAAGUGCCAGCCGCGGGGGAGCAUGGCAGCCCGUUCGCGGUUCGCCCUCAGUCUGGGAGGGUCAAGGCAGGGGCCAGUAUCGAGCUCACCGCGAGCUUCUGUCCUACUAGCGCAUCCGUGUACGUCACGACUACAGCCUGCACGGUGAAGCCAGAUAGCAAGGAGUCGUUCGCACCAGCUCAGGCGCUCGUGGAUAUGAUGAAGAUCAGCGGGAUCAGCAAGUUCACGCAUCUGUCAGCCUCGGAGACGGAGCUCAAUUUUGGUGAAGUGCUGGUGGGUGCACCUAACACGAGCCGUGCUCCGACGGAGAAGGAGUUCAUUUUGAGGAAUCGCUCGCUUGUGCGCGCUAGUUUUACUAUCGAGAACGUGGAGAGUGAUCACGACCCUCGCUUCUUUUUCUCGCCGCUUAGCGGGGUUGUAGAGGCCGAAUCAACAGUGGCUAUAAAGGUGCGCUAUACCCCGCUGAGCGCUGGCACAUUCACAUGCGACCACUUUGACAUUUUCACGCCUGGUGGGAACCGAGUCCGUGUCACCUGCAAAGGGCGAGCGAUUGGGCCCAAGCUCAGCAUUUGGCGAAAGAAUCUGGAGUCGAAUUUCGUGCCUACGCGGUCGGUAAAUUUUCAAGAUGUGCCUGUGGGUGGAAAUGUAGUUUCAAGGGCAAUUACUCUGCGAAAUGAGUCGCCCAUGGAGAUCUUUUUUCACUUCGACGCUCAAGCUGAGGGUGUCUUCCGGUUUGACCGAGUGACUGGGAAGAUCCCGCCGUUUUUGGACCUGAACGUCACGAUUUCAUUUUCGCCGCCUCAUUCCGGUAACUUUUACCGACGAUUUUUUCUGCUAGUGCACAACCAAAGUACUCGAUAUGUGGACGUUCUGGGGACCGGAUAUGAUGAGAAAACACGCCCGUCGCCAUUCCAGCAAGCCCACAUUGACGCGUAUCGCCUCCGUGUUGCAGCUGGUCUUGGUCGCCUCUCACCUGAUCAACUGGAAACGUACCACGAAGAGAACGGCGACGCGCUAUUUCUUAAGGGUGCACUGCAGCUGGCAAAGGCUGAAGAGUUAUCAGCUGCCGGUGAUGAUGCGUCGUCCGUAUCGGAGCUUCCUCCACCCAGUAGAAUCCUCACGAGAAGCGGCGAAGCUUCGUUAGCUGAAGUCGACGUCUGCAGUGAAUAUUUCAUCAGUAUCGAGGAUAAGGCCAACCCGGUGGUUGUGGUUGGUGCGCUGCUCGACUUCGGCAGUUGUGGUAUCGUUCAAUUCCCGUCUAAGAAGCUGCUGCUUGUAACGAACAACACACACAGUAAGGUGACUUGUUCGUGGCGAGUGGCUGUGGCGCCAGGGCCAACAGAGACGAACGAUGAUCAAUCGGUGUUUCAGGUCUUCCCAUCUAGCAGUGACAUCGCUGCGGGGGCCACUGCAGAGUUCCGUGUAGCAUUCCAGCCAUCCCGAGUCAACUCGUACUAUUUUGCCGAGCUGGAGGCAUUUGCGUCAUUCAAGUCGAACCGCACGUUUCGACUCGUAAAUGUGGACACGUUUACUCCUCCGUGGUGCAUGGUGGCUAAAACCUGCGGUAACACGUUUGCCUCUCCGACAGAACAGUUUCUCCCAAAGAUCAGCUUCCGGUUGAUGAAGAACAAGGUGAACUUCCCACCAUGCUACCUUGGAGACAGUGUCUUCCAAACAAUUAUGAUUGAGAACGCUAGUGACACGCCGGCACUAUUCGCCUUUGUGGAAGACCCAGCUGAAGUGUUUUCGUGUAAACCAAGUUGCGGCUACAUCGAGGCGAAAUCCUUUCACCUGGUUGCAAUUCGGUUCACUCCGCGCAACGUGCGGAAGUACUCGCAUUUUCUGCAAUGUAUAGUCAACAAUGCGCGGGCGAAACCAGAGGUUAUCGAGCUCUCGGCCAUUUGCGCUCUACCACAGCUGAGCUUCCAGGACAUUGAAGCUGGUCAACUCUUACCAUCGGAGGCCAAAGUAUAUGUGAAGCCAACCGCCGUCGGCCUCCUGUCUGUGAGGCACGUCGAGUUGAUCAAUACUUCUCGAGUUCCUCUUGUGUACCGCUGGGAGCUGCCUGCAAAGUAUCACAACGUCUUUCGAGUCAAGCCUAAGCUUGGCCGCCUCAACGGCAGAGAGACUGCGUCGAUCGAGUGCUCUUUCACGCCUGACGACAUCCGCGAGUAUGCUGGUCGCUUUUUGGUUGCCGUGAAGUCGAUCAGUAUGCCGUUGGACCAGCAGAAAAGUACCAGAUCAAAGAUUCCAGUUUUGCAGGAGCUCACUGUUCGAGUGCAAACCAAGGGUACUACGGGCGCAAUCCUAUUCCAACCGGAGGUACUCAAGUUUGAGACGAUUCUCGUCAACUCCAAUGCCAAGCAGUCGUUCUUCAUCGAGAAUACUGCAGACUGCGACCUCAUGUACUCACUGGAGCAAACACUGAUCUCGAAAACCCAUAGAAGCGUAGGCCACCAAAGUGGGGAAAACGAGGAAGACGACAAUACAGAGGAUGAAAAUCCGAUGUCACCCGCUGGUAAGCUGGUCUUCUCACAAGCCCAAGGAUGCAUCCCAGCGCAGUCCCGGAAGAAGAUUACAGCAACAUUCUUUCCUACAUCAGCGGGGAUAUUUACCUUCGAGGUUUCGUGCUCUAUUGGCAAUGGCCCAACGUCGUCCCCGUACGACACUUGGGGGUUCCAGCACAAGCAAGCUACGUGCGUUAUUCAAGCUGAGGCCUCCUUCCCAACCGUCGAGAUCCAGGAUUUACGUGUGCCUGGACUAUCCACGCAACUCGCGUGGCACCAAUUCCAAUGCAACGAGCUCAACGAGUACCUAGCGGCACCUUUAACUAAAGAGGAGGAGAGAAUGGGCCGCAGUACAGCGGCUAUGGACUCAAGCACUCCAGAGUCCGAUGAUCUCGGAGAAGAAUUCUCUCUCAAACGCUUUGUGAUACCCUUUUCUCCAGCUCCGUUGGGUAGCCGAACCGAAAGGGUCUUUUUGAAGCUGCGUAACCCCGGAAGUCUCGUUGUGCAGUAUCACCUGCGCUACCCCAAAGAGGGGAACGUAGAGAUCGAGCACUGGGCGGAGACCGGCGCGCCAUCGGCGGAAGAGGUGCGUCUGAACGCCAUCAUCGACAGCAAAGUGUUUGGUAUUUCACCUCGCCGAGCGACGUUACUCCCGCACCAGAGUAUCCUCCUCACGUUAUCGUACUCAUACACAUCGGAGGCUUACGAUGGCGAGCACGACCUCCCGCUGUACUUAGAAGUGGACAGAGGCAAGAAAGUGGUGUUGGAUUUACAGGGGAGGACGCUCACUCACAAAGACCCCAAGCUUUUCCUUCCGACGCAUAUCUUUCACCUCUCUCCUGUGACUAUCGGUGAGUUCCGGCGUGGGUUCCUGCCACCACCUGCUUUGGCCCGACAUACAAGUUCAGGCGAAGACAACGACAAUUUUUACAGUGAUCAACACGAGACAUCGACUAAUCUUCAAAUGGGCCGUCCACCAGUCCAGCAAAUCGAAGUGUUUAACCGCGGUGAUAGUGCCCUGCGUUUGGAUGUUGGAAGCAUGUCGUUUAAGCAAGUGAACGCUGCCAACUAUGGCUACCGUGUGCUUGCGUGUGGUAGCAGCUCUGAGAUUAUCCCUGCGAAGAACUCGAUUUUCCUCGACAUUGAGUUUAAUCCGAUUAAGGUGGGCAUUAUCGAGGUUCCUCUACUUCUGAAAGCACAAGGCCUGAUGGGUAAAGGAUACAAGGAGAUAGUGGAGAUUACGGUUGUGGCCACGGGGUACCAUCCGAAGCAGUGGACUCUGCAACAGAUGAAAGACGAGCUGAGGGCAUCCACGGCUCCGCCGAAAAAGCAGGUUGUGAGCAUCCCUGACCUCCCAGCAUGCUUCGUAUCGGACUGCAUUGACUUUGGUCACAUUGCGAUGCACUCGGAGGCUAACCAGCUUUUGGUGUUGCAAAAUCUCGUUCCUGGAGAUCCUGCAUUGGCGUCGUCCCGUAGUUUUGUGUUUGAGUGGGAUAGUAUGCACCCCCUCGUCGCGAAUGAAACGAUUGCCUUCUCGCCUAAGCGUGGUGUGCUUGGUCCAGGAGAGAAAGCGCUUAUUCGCGUCAGCGUUCACACCGGAGGUGAUGCGUUUGUGGUGAACCAUGACGUGGCUUGUAUGAUCACCUAUAGAGAUGAUCGCAAGGAUGGCAGCAGCAACAACGCUGCUACCAACAGCCCGACUCGCUUGAAGGGACAUCCAUCGAGUGGGAACUCAUCGAAUUAUCGAGGGAACAACGACAGCAAGAUCUCUGGUCCUCGAACUUCCGUUAUCAACCGAUCGAUAGCAACACAAGAGGCGGUAGCUGAUAAGCGCAGCAUCCCCGCAACGAAGAUGUCGGCAUUGGGCAGCAAUGAGUCUCCUGAUACACAAUCACCUUCACCAAUUGCCCAGCGCAGCCAAGGUACUUCACGCAAAGCACCAUCGCAAUCGACACGAAGGGGGUCACCAGAACGGAGUGGCCCAAUGUCAAGUAGUGACAGCCGUCAACUGGAGAUGCUGGCUGCCAUGGAGCCGACACCGCUAUUCGUGCGGAUAUACGCGCAUGUUCUGCCGCUUGAAGUGAUGGAGAGGAUUUAUCCACGUGAAGCGCUCAAGAAGCUGCCACUUACGACAACAAAGCAGAUCCCGCGUGUCCUUCCAGUACCCGCACCGUCAGUUCGAGACGUGAAAACGCCGGCGUUGCCUAGCACAAGAGACACAAGCACACCAGCCAGGACGGGUAGAAGCAUAGCUUCGUCCUCGACGCAGCCUAACAGCAGAGGACGCAUCGAGAGCGGCAGAUCUUCAGUCGCCAAGCCCGGUACUGCCACAGCUUCCGUCAUCGGAGACGAAUCUGCCUCUGCAAAAUGCCGUGACGUCCUGUACGACGUGAUGGAGACUCUGGUGAUGGAGGUGCUGACAUCUAGCGCCAUUCAAGAGGCCCUCGAAGACCAACUCAAGCCGCUGCCGCGCUCUGAUCGAGCACUUGAUAACGCAAGAACUUCGGAAGGAGCUAAGGCUAUUCAGUCUCCCGAAGCGCUGUACCACAAAGCUCGGCAGAAUGAAGAUUGCCAGGCGAUCAUCUCGGGUGUCAUGGAGAACACGGUGUUCAACGUCCUCCAAGAACUCUUCUACGGCGACCUGGAGCAGGAGCUGCUUUGCGUGCCUCGCAAGGCGGUGUUCCCCAACGGCCCAGUUUCUCCUACUGCUGCUCAACGACCCGCAAUCGACAUCCGCAACGGCAAUGGUCAGUCACUUGUCAAGACAUAG